AUUUGCGUUGUUUCGUGGUCUCGUGCUACUGUCCGUGCGACAUCAAGAUGUCCGGGGUCACUGUGUACCUGGUGCUCUUGGGGCUCAUCUGGUCUAGCAAGUGGGGACUUAGGCAGGGGCCACAGCCUUGCCAUGGGAAGUUACCACAAGGGUCUCGCUGUGUUGCAGAAGGCUAUGUUUGAUGUUACUGUCUAGCUCUCCUGAGGAGGAGUGGGAGGAGCUAGUGGAAUGGCAGAAGGAGCUGUAGAAGGACGUGAUGAGGGACAACUACAAGACUUUGAUCUCACUGGGCGUGCUGUCACCAAACCAGACAUCGUAUUCCUGAUUGAACGUGGGGAAGAGCCACGUGUCCAGGCUCACCAGGAGUCGAGGAAAAGAGACCUUUCUACAGGGGUCUCCUCUGAUGAUGGAAUCAAGUGGAAGACUGAAGAGAGUCAGCAGCAGGGAAAUUCUGAGGGUUUGGCAGAGCACAGGAAUUUAUCACAAAGAGAGAAAGCAAAUAGCAUUGAUGAGGGAAAUACGUGUGAGAGUGAACGCGGGCCAGCCGGCCAACACAGGAACAUAGGGGAUGAGAGCAUGGAGAAAUCCACUCCAAAUGAAAGACCUUUCAGCAAACACCAAAACAUUCCUAUCCACACAGGAGAGAGACCCCAUAAAUGUACUGAGUGUGACAAAAGCUUCACUCGCCGCUCACAUCUUCUUCAGCACCAGAGAAUCCACACGGGGGAGAGACCCUAUAAAUGUACCGAGUGUGAGAAAAGCUUCAGACAGAGAUCAGAGCUGAUUGAUCAUCAGCGAACGCAUACUCAAGAGAAACCUUACAAAUGUGAUAAGUGUGGGAAGAGGUUCAUUCGGAGCACACGGCUUAUUCAGCAUCAAAAUGUUCACAAUGGAGUGAAACCCCACAAGUGCCCCCAGUGUGAAAAAAGUUUUAGCUGGAUCUCAUCAGUUAUUAAACACCAGAGAGUCCAUACAGGUGAGAGACCCUAUAAAUGCCCCGACUGUGAGAAAACCUUCAACUGGAGCUCGACCCUUAUAAAACAUCGGAGACUCCACACAGGAGAGAGACCCUAUAAAUGCGCUACCUGCACAAAGUGCUUUGUACAGAGUGCAAAUCUUAUUAAACAUCAGAGAGUCCACACACAACAGAAACCCUAUACGUGUGGGGAAUGUGAAGAAACCUUUCUGAUCAGGUCUCAUUUCAUUCUGCAUCGGAGAAUGCACAUGGGAGAGGAACUCUACAAGUGCGAUGGCUGUGAGGAGUGGUUUGGUCUUGUCUCGGACCUUCAUAAACAUCAGAAGAUCCACACAGGAAAGAAGCCCUAUAAAUGCUCCGAAUGCAACAAAAGCUUUAAUAAGAGUUCAAAUCUUAUUAAGCAUCAGAGAAUCCACACAGGAGAGAGACCCUAUAAGUGUCCCGACUGUGACAAAAGCUUCAUUCAGAGCUCGCACCUGAUGCUCCAUCAGAGAGCUCAUAGGGGAGAAAAACCCUACAAAUGUCCUGACUGUGAGAAAAGUUUUCACCAGAGCUCCCAUCUCAUUCAGCACCAGAGAGUCCACACGCAAGAAAAGCCCUUUAAAUGUCCUGAGUGCGAGAAAAGAUUCAGCCGAAGCUCAGUGCUAAAUAAACACAAACGAAUCCACGUGGGAGACCAGAACUAUAAAUGCAGCCAGUGUGAGGAAACCUUCACUAGCAGCUCCCAUCUUCUUCAGCACAAGAGAAUCCACCAUGUGGAAAGACCUUACACAUGCCCUAGCUGUGAGAAGAGUUUCAGUCGUAGCUCGCAGCUUAUGCUCCAUCAGAAAAACCACGCAGCAGAGAAACCGUACAAGUGUGCUGACUGUGACAAAGGCUUCAUUUACAGCUCACAUCUAAUUCAGCAUCAGAGAACUCACACUAGAGAACGACCUUAUAAAUGUCCAGUGUGUGAGAAAAGCUUCAUUCAGAGCUCGCAUCUCCUUCAGCAUCAGAAAAUCCACACGGGAGAGAGACCUUUUAGAUGCAGUGAUUGUGAGAAAACCUUCAAUCGGAGCUCCAACCUUAUUAAACACCAGAGAACUCACAUCAGGGAGAACCUGUAAGAGAUGCUUCCAUAUGAACUCCACACUGUUGACUAUAAAAGUAUUCACACAGAAGGAAAAUCCUAUAAAUAUUCCAAUGGUGAGAGAAGCUUCAGUCAGAACUGGUCAUGUUGUUCAGCUUCACUGUAUUGAACUGAAUUAAGAUCUCUAGGAAACUUGCCUUGCCCUUCUUAUACUGGCAAGAGUUUUGAUGGUAUAAAUUAUACCAGUUUCCCCAACAAUAUACUAUCCUGGCAAAUGGACUCAUUUGCUGAUAUAACUAUGUCUACACUACAGAUUUUGCUAGCACAGUUAUGUCUAUUAAGGUUGUGUGAUUUGUGAGUGAACAAUGUGCUGGUAAAAGCCCCUAGUGUAGGCACAGUUACACUGCCAAAAUUUGCACUUUUACCAGUAGAGCUUAUUUUGUUUGGGGGGGACAAGGAGGGACACUGUAAUAAACUAUACUAGCAAAAUAGUUAGUUGGGGAUUGGUCCUUCUUUGAGCAGGGGGUUGGACUAGAUGAUCUCCUGAGGUCCCUUCCAACCCUGAUAUUCUAUGACAAUGCUAUUUUGCCAAUAUCACCUGAGUCCAUGUUAGCAGCAGUUUGCGGGUAUUGUAUAUCUGUAUAAUACAUUGGUGUAACUGUAUUGGCCAAGUCUUACAAGUGUAGGACUCCAACACAGUAAGUAACAAAGCGUUGAUUGCCUGAAGUGAAUAGUUAAGCUCCCCUAAAAAUGGGAAAGAGACUGCAAUUUGAUGCCUGUCUAUGUGCAGAGAAAGAAUAG